CAAGUCCGAAGAAACCCCAAGUCUGCAUGAUCUCGAGUGAUCCAAUAGAUCUCAACGCCACGGAGGCAACUCCACGCAAUAUGUCGACGCGAACACCUCACUGUGACAACAUGACCGGGCUGGCAUGGCACGAUCAUCACGGCAAGCGGCAGGCGAGCCUCUGGAAACCCUUCCGACCCGAUGGCCACACGGGCGUGCAUGCAGCAUCUCACUCGAUCGCUAUCAUCUUUGAAUCUCCGGUCUCGCAAUGAUCUCACUUAUAUGCAUCGUUCGAUAAUUUCUCUUGCAUGACGCGAAUCUGCCGUACGCGGCGGCCAAGCAUGAAUCUCGCGUGUAGAGUAUAAUACAUCAGGCAGGCCUCUCUUCCUUUAUCGGUUCCUCAUUCUCACAUACAGCUGAGUAUCGGCCAAGACAACAUGCUCCGGUCUCUCGUCACUCUUGCAGGUGUGGCUGCGGCCAUUCCUGCUCCACAGCUGCUGGACCUCAGCAUUGGCCUUGGACAGGAUCAGACUGCCAGCGGCUAUCCUGCCUCCUCCGCCGCGACUGCGACUGCAACUGCCCCAGCCGCAUCUGGAGAUGUCGUUGCUGACGAGCAAGACGGAAACGUCGAUGGCUACCUCAAUGCCGAUGCUCCAUACGUGAGCGAUGAAGUGACUCCAAUCACUGUCAUCCCAACAUCGUUCGGCCCAGACUCGCAAAUUCCUGCUGUUGAGACUGCUGUUCCAACAGAUGGUCCAUUGGCGGGUGGUCCUCAGCGAUCGCGCUGGGUGACUGGCACCACCACCCACGGUCCAUACGAAGGCGAGGCCACCACAACUGGAGCUGUCACCAACACCGUGCUCUCUCCAAGCGUCGGUACCCUCCCACCAAAUCCGACCGCAACCUACUACAACACGAACGGCCAACUGCAGGAGGCGCAGCCAGCUCCUUACGUUCCAGCUGGCGGUCUCGGCACCAACGGCACUCUACCACGCUACAUGGUCGAGAGCGACUUCGAUUACGAGUCGAUCAUGCUGGGCUUGUACCAGGAGUGGAUCGAGUUGGACACUUUCAACAACGCUGUUGCCACUUUCUCCGAGGAGGAUUGGGCCGCUGCUGGCCUUGGCCCAGAGGACAUCUCUAUGGUGCAGUUCAUGGCCCAGCAAGAGCAGGGACACGCGACUCUUCUUAGCAACAUGCUUGGAGAGACUGCCGCACCUCAAUGCACUUACAACUACCCUUACACCAACGUUCGCGAGUUUGUGGACUUCAACCAGCAGCUUACUCGCUGGGGUGAAUCCGGCGUUUGGGGCUUCAUCAACCACUUGGACUCGCGCGAGGUCGGCCAACUGCUUGCUCAAUCGAUCGCCACCGAGGCCCGCCAACAGAUGAUCUUCCGCCAAAUGAGCGGCCUGCACCCAAUGCCAGUCUGGUUCGAGACCGGUAUUCCACAAUCUUGGGCAUGGACCUUCCUGGCUCCAUACAUCAGCAGCUGCCCAGAGGGAACCACUCGUCUCGCAUGGCAAAACUUCCCAGCCCUUCACGUCGUGAACCAGGCCAACAUCAACCGUGUCUCACCAAACGACACCGCCGACUGGGAGCGCGUCGACAACCGCACCUCUAGCCCCGCCACUAUCCCAGCCCAAAAGGAUUCGUGCAUCCACGUCAACUCCACCGAGUUCCCAGGCUACGGCUGCGGCCCAGCAGUCGCCCAUAACCGCUCCGAGCCUCUCUCCUUCCCAGGCAAGCAGGUCCGCCUCUUGUGGGAUGCUCCAGGCCAGCCAGUGGGACCAAACAACAGCUACGUCACCGACACCACCGCCGGCGAACCUCAAUUCGUCGCCUGGGUCAACCAGCUGAACUUGACUUACACUCCUAUCACCGUCACUGGACCAAACGAGGGUUUCACUUACCAGCCAGCUGGCACCGUCUACGAGGGUGGUCAGGGUGUUGUCAACGACACUAUGUUCAUCGCUCUUACCGACAGCGACCUUUACCUUACGCCAUUCAACUUGUCGAUGAUUAACCCACAUGUCGUCGCUCUUGGUCUUUACCAGGCUGGUUAAGAGAGUUGUGCGAUUUUCUGCACAUUUUGUAUAGAUAUCCUGUACUUUUUGUACAUAUGAAGGCAUGAAUGAGAGGCUAGAUAUGAUCGGAAGCUGUAAUGAUGGAUAGAUGAGAUGGUGGAAGUGUAUAGCAUCUUUCAAUGAUGAAAAUCGAUGAUUGAAG